AGAUUGAUGAUGGUGAGAUCGCUGCUUUGCAUCAGGAAUGGAAUGAAUGGUUAAAGAAGGAUUGCGAAGACCUCCAUGGUUCCGACCUCACGGGUGAUGAAGAACCUUGUGCGAUAUGCCUUUUUGACUAUACAUUCGAUGAUGAGAUAGUUAGGCUACCGUGUGGACAUGAAUACCACGCUGAUUGCAUCCAACUCUUGUUUGCUUCAUUCCCCCGCAAUGGCACAUUGUACCACAGAUGUCCCUUGUGUCGGGUGGAAAUCGGCCGAGUCGAGCACAUGUCACAAAGCUCUCAUCAUACUACAGUGGAUGCAUCACCUAU